AUGGGAUUAUCAUUUCGACAUUUUAAUUAUUUUGGUUAUGGAAUAUAUCAUGAUAUAAAAACAAGACUACCGUAUUAUAAAUCGGAUUUUAAAGAUGCUUGGAAUUAUAGAGUUAUACCAAGUACAACAUUUAUAUUUUUUGCAAAUUUAUUACCUGCUAUUGCUUUUGCUCAAGAUAUGUUUGAUAAAACUGGAGAUAUGUAUGGAGUAAAUGAAGUAUUAAUGUCAAGUGCUUUAGCUGGUGUUAUAUUUGGAUUAUUUAGUGGUCAACCUUUAUGUAUUGUUGGAGUUACUGGUCCAAUUUCAAUUUUUAGUUAUACUGUUUUUGAAAUUAUAACUCCUAGAGGUACACCAUAUUUUCCUUUUAUGUGUUGGAUUUAUUUAUGGUCAAUGAUUUUUCAUAUUAUAAUUGCAGUUGGAAAUUAUAUAUCAUGGAUGAAAAUUAUAAGUUUAUAUAGUUGUGAUAUUUUUGGAUUUUUUAUAAAUAUGGUUUAUAUUCAAAAGGGUAUACAAAUUUUAACUAAUCAAUUUGAUAAAGUUGAUUUAGCAAGUGGUUAUUGUUCAGUUAUGAUUGCAUUAUUAAUGGUUAUAUGUGGAGUUGGAUCAAAUAUAUUUGGUAAUAAUUUACAUUAUUUUAAACCUUGGACAAGAAAAGUAUUUGUUGAUUAUGGAGUUGUUGCAUCAGUUAUAUUUUUUACUGGUUUCAUACAUUUUGGUGGGAAAUUAUCAAAAACAAAUUUAGCAAAAUUACCAAUUACUCAAUCUUUUCAACCAACAAAAUCAGGAAUUGAAAGACCUCAUGGAUGGUUUAUACAUUUUUGGCCAGGAGAAAAUAUUGAUGUAGGAGAUGUAUUUUUAGCUAUACCAUUUGCUAUAUUAUUAACUUUUUUAUUUUAUUUUGAUCAUAAUGUAAGUUCAUUAAUGUGUCAAUCAAAAGAAUAUCCAUUAACAAAACCUGCUUCUUUUCAUUGGGAUUUUUUAUUAUUAGGAUUAACUACUGGAUUUGCAGGAAUUAUGGGUUUACCACCACCAAAUGGUUUAAUACCUCAAGCUCCUUUACAUACUGAUUCUUUAGUUGUUUAUGAUAAAUAUGGGAAACCUUUAUCAGUUGUUGAACAAAGAGUUACAAAUACUUUACAAGGAGCAAUGACAUUUGUUAUGAUGUCAAGACCAUUUUUGGUGGUAUUAGGUUUAGUACCACAAGCAGUAUUAUCUGGAUUAUUUUUUAUAAUGGCAAUAUCUGGAUUACAUGGAAAUAUAGUUACAAAUAGAAUAAGAUAUAUUUUUUUAGAUAAAAAUUAUAUUGCAAAUGAUCCAACAUGUCCACAAAUAUGGAAAGAUAUAUAUAAAUUAAAAACUAAGAAAUGGUUUUAUAUAUAUACUGUGCUAGAAGUUAUUGGAGGAGUUGCAGAAUUUGUAAUAACUUUAACAAAAGGAGCAGUUGGAUUUCCAGGAGUUUUAUUAAUUUUAGCAUUUUGUGCAAAAUGGAUUUGGCCAUUAAUUAUACCAAAAGAUGAAUUGGCUAAAUUAGAUGGUGAUGUUGCUGAUGAAUUUAUAUUAAAAAAUUUUACAGUUGCAGAUGAAGAAAAAAAGAAAAGGAAAAAAUUAAUGGAAGAAGCUAUGGAUGAUGAGAAAAAGAUUAAUGACGAAUCGGUUGAGAGUACAAAUGAUGGAAUUGUCAGUGGGAGCGACUAG